UAUAUUAUUCCAAACGUGUUCGCCUGUGCAGAGCUCUGCAGCCCUGACGGAGACCGCUUCCUUCUGCAGGACUCUGACAGCUGAGAAGCAGCCCGGAGUUACAACUACUGCAAGAGGAAUUAAGAGAAACGUGGAGCUGUGCCUUGUAUUGACAGUUGACUGGUGACAAGUCGGCAGGAGAUGGAGAACAAGGCCAUGUAUCUGAGCACAUAUGAAGAGCGAGAGAGCGGCUCCAUGUAUGAAGAGGCCUACGAGGGAAACACGUUGUCCAAACUCAACCUGUGCGAUGAAGGUUCUGGUCAGCGUCGCAGGAAGCAGGACCAGUGCUGCGCUCACAUGAACUCCCUCUCAGCCAUCAAGUACGCCAUCGUCUCCCUCUACAUCCUGGUGUUCCUCACCAUCUUCGGACUCUGCCUGGCAGUCUCUCGUUCCCAGGUGUCUUCGAAGCGGCAGGAGGUGCCGAUGGAGAACGUGACCCGGAUGUCGGAGCGCUCUCGGAUCCUCCAGCCGACCCUGGGCGAGGCGUCCACUGAAGCCGACCUGCUGGAGAACAUCUGGAAACUGGAGAAUCUCUUCCAGAACCACAGCGACUGGCUGCAGAGGCUGGAGAUCCUCAUCAAGGGCCUGGAGCUGGAGCUGAGGAGCGGCCAGGCCCACUCUCUUCAGUCGGAGGGGUACCUCGUGCAGCUGGAUGACAGGCUGUCCUCCCUGAGCAGCUCCACCGGCAGGAACCUGACUGGCUUGAGUGAGGAGGUAUCCCGAGCCUCCACCUGGCUCCACGACCAGGACCUCCUGUUUCGGGAAACCUCAGGACAGGUGAGCCGGCUGAGAGAGAAACUGGACGAGGUCAAUUGGAUGGUGGGAGCUGUCAAUCACACCUUCAGCAAUGACAUCAGUAUUCACCACCUGAAGAUACAGGACUUGCAGAUCCAGAUCAGCAACAUAACAGAGGACACCAGCAGCUUAUGGGUGACCCACGUCCACACGGAGGCUCAGCUGAGGAACGAGAUGGAGAUCCUCAACACGAUCACAGAGGACCUCCGCCUGAAGGACUGGGAGCACUCCGUGGCUCUGAAGAACAUCACCAUAUUUGAAGGACCUCCGGGGCCAAAGGGGGAGAAGGGUGGUACCGGCCCACUGGGGGCCCCCGGGGCUCCUGGGUUGACCGGUCUGAGAGGGUUUCCAGGAGAAAAAGGUGUCCAGGGAAACCAGGGAAGUCAAGGUUUUGAAGGGGUCAGCGGUCCUCGGGGGGAAAAAGGAGACGUCGGACCUGCUGGUCCCAGAGGUGACAGAGGAGAAAGAGGGCCCAAGGGGGAGAGAGGAGACAGAGGAGAGAAAACAGUGGAGGACACCCUGGUGCGGCUGGUGAACGGGUCGGGCCCUCACGAAGGUCGCGUGGAGGUUUUCCACGAGCGGCGCUGGGGGACGGUGUGUGACGACGUCUGGGACAAAAAGGACGGGGACGUGGUGUGCAGGAUGCUGGGAUACCGAGGAGUCGCUGAGGUCCAUAAGACCGGACGCUUCGGACAGGGUACCGGUCUGAUCUGGAUGGACGACGUGGCGUGCGGCGGGGCCGAAGACACCAUCCACCUGUGUAAGUUUUCCGGCUGGGGCAAAACCAACUGUGGCCACGUGGAGGACGCCGGUGUGACGUGCGUCGUUUAAAACAUUCAUGGCCCUGACGGCGCCGCAGCCUUCUCAGAAGUUCAUGAUUUGACGUUUGAUUGUUUUCCCCACGAGACUGAAUCGUGGGAGCGAGGGAAAUGGAAACAUUUGUGAGCAUCUUUGAGCGAACAUCUGGGGACGACGUCACGACGGGACUCUUCGCCAGAGCGAAUCGCAGAGCGCGCGCGUCUUCGAUGCGGGUCGAAGGUCAGCUUGGAAAAGGCUCCGUCCGCCCUCAGAGGCUCGUCCGGGCGCAGGUUUGCCGUGUCGUGGAUCAGAACAACUUCCUCCUCCCGGAGGCUUCGUUCGUCUUUCGGGUUUCUGAAACCGGCACAUGAAGAAAAUGACGGAGACGUCGACAAACUGAUUCUUCAUUUACAGGCAGCUGCUCUUCACAGUAUUACGUAGGAAUGGCUUUUGAGUGAUAAACAUACACCGUGUUGCCUUAUUAUACGUCAUAUAGCAUUACCGAGGGUUCAGUCAGUCGAUGAUCAGCAGCUGAACAACUGGACUCAAAUGUUGUCGUCAUUUUCGGCUCCUUUUUUAAGGUGGCCUGUGGAGUUUUAUGUUCACAUACAAAAGUUCUGCUUGCGUUCAGUGUCACAUUGCGUGUAUCCCAAAUGUGGAGUGCAUUUCUUUCCUCAUAAAUCCAUAUUUUUUAUAUUUUCAAUCAAUGCAUUGUUUACAUUCAUGUUCACGCUCGCGGUCUUCUUCUUCCUCGGCUUUGUUGGCGGCGUCUCUAUGUGCAUCACUCGCCACAGAAUUAUCCCCAACAGUAAAUCUAUACAGAGCUCAUUGUGUUGUUAUUUUCCGGCUCGCAGAUUACGCUCUCAUCAAUUUGAUCUCCGGCCACAACGGUCCACCAGGUGUUCUCAGUCACUCUCACAUUUCCUGCAGAGCAGCAAAGGACCGGCGCACACGGCGAGCAACACGCUGGGGAGUUCAGUGGAACAUUUAACAUCGAGAGGAGACGUAUGAAAACAAACAUAGAAACAGUGAAUAUUGGACUGGAUGUGUAGAUUGGCAUAUACAGGACUGUCUCAGAAAAUUAGAAUAUUGUGAUGAAGUUCUUUAUUUUCUGUAAUGCAAUUAAAAAAACAAAAAUGUCAUGCAUUCUGGAUUCAUUACAAAUCAACUGAAAUAUUGCAAGCCUUUUAUUCUGAUUUAUUGCUGAUUAUGGUUUACAGCUUAAGAAAACUCAAAUAUCCUAUCUCUAAAUAUUAGAAUAUCAUGAAAAAGUAUACUAGUAGGGUAUUAAACAAAUCACUUGAAUUGUCUAAUUAACUCGAAACACCUGCAAGGGUUUCCUGAGCCUUGACAAACACUCAGCUGUUAUAAAUCUUUUUUUUUACUUGGUCUGAGGAAAUCUUAAAAUUUUAUGAGAUAGGAUUUUAGAGUUUUCUUAAGCUGUAAGCCAUAAUCAGCAAUAUUAAAAGAAUAAAAGGCUUGCAAUAUUUCAGUUGAUUUGUAAUGAAUCCAGAAUGCAUGACAUUUUUGUUUUUUUAAAUUGCAUUACAGAAAAUAAAGAACUUUAUCACAAUAUUCUAAUUUUCUGAGACAGUCCUGUAUUUGCUGUCACUCCAACAAGAUAAUAUAUGUCAGGUACAAUAAUCAAUUCUUGCAAAACUCAAUUUUUACAUCUAUACAAAGAUUUUUGAAAAGGUUAAUGGUCACUGCAGUCAACAAUGAAGUGAAUAUGAAGAAUAGAGAGCAGAUGCGUCGAUAAAGAUGGACUUUUGAACGCCAGGCCUGCACACAGUGGGUGUAUACAUAUGAUGCAUGCCUGUGUGUCCAUGCUUAUUGCCAAAGGUUGUUUCAACAUUAAUGCAUCUAUGUAUACACACACACCAAACCAUCAGGGUUAAUACAUCUAUGUACACACACACACCAAACCAUCAGGGUUAAUACAUCUAUGUACACACACACACCAAACCAUCAGGGUUAAUACAUGUAUGAACACACACACACCAAACCAUCCAUGCCAGAUAUGCUUUUUCUUCCGAUGUCGUGUCUCUCUCAGAGGGGUUUGAUCUUUACGCCUGCUCUUCAAUCCAGAAAGUCCGUGACCUCCCAAGUGUCCUGAAACCUUUCUCUUUACCGACUCAUGUUUUAUACUUAAAGAGGUGAAACGUUUUUUUAGUGUGCCUUCAAAUUUGGCAAACUGUUGAAUUCCCUCUGCCCCUAUAUUUUUGACGUGAAAUUGUCAAAGGUUGUCUGGCCCACUAUAUUGUUAUGAAACUUAUUCAACCCGCAUGACAUUCUUUUAACAGUUUGUGUCCAUGUGAGGGAGGAGAAAAAAUAAUUAUCAGCCAGUUGAGCUAUAAAUAUUCAAUUAUAUUCAGAUAUUCAAUUUAAAAUGCCAAAACAAAGAGAAAAGUAGCAAAAACAAGCCAGAGAAAGUUUUGUGUUUUUGCUUGAACAUCCUGCACUGUUGGUGUCAUUCAGAGCAAAUUAAAAUGAAAAAGAUAACCAACUAUCUUCCUGCUUUCUCUAAAGAAAGGUUUGUGGUAAUGCAGAUGUUCAAAGUGAUCCCAGCUUUCUUCACCGGUUUCACACACGAGUGAGUUCUCCAAUCAACUUUUAAAGUCCACAAUUCCCUUUUGAGUUUCUGUAGCACAUCCGUCUCCUGAGUCUUCUCUCAUCUUUUCCCAUUUCCCAGACUGCCUUAACACUCUGAGCUCCUUCACUAUAUUUUCAUUCAUUGGCUUAUUUGUAAAAUAAUAUCAUUGAUUGAAAAUAGUUUAUCUACGCAGGUUUGAGUAUGUUUUAUUUUCCACAGUCUUGAUACAGCGGGCUUCUGCUGCGCAGCAAUGUUGAACAGUGAAAUGUUUUCAUGGAAGCAUGAACUAUCAUCUGUUUUGCCAUUUCCUUUUUACUUAAGGUGCAAAGUGGAACAAGUGAAGGCCGUUAAAAGAGAAAGAUAUUGUGUAAUGUUUACGAGAAAAGUCGUGGUUGAUCUCCUCAUCCAAAUAUCUGACACUUCUUUGUGUAACAUUGCUACUUUUGGAGGGAGGUACAGUAAAUGCUGCAUUUCAUAUGCAGGGAAUGUUCAUGUAUAGGAUGAAGUGUACAAAGGGUUAUACUUCUUUUUUUUUUAAAGUAAAAACACAGUCGCUUUGUCCAGUUUUUAGAUUAAAAUACGGAAGGAGGGAAUAAAUCUCAUCAAACUAACUAUUUGCUGGUAAUUAUGGAUUGUGAAGAUUUCAACAUGUGAAACUGAUGCAGGCCAAUCACCAAUCAAAACCAUCUGGGCACAAUUCAAACCAGAAAGAAUCUGCAACGGUGUCUCUUCCAGUUACCCGUCUUCUCACAGCUAAAUGUGGUCGGACCGGUGGUCCAAAGCUGCAGCCUAUCGGAUAUCAACAGGAUGCAGUUGUUGUGAUGUGAUUUCCUGAUUGGUUUGAGGCCCUGCUGAUCUCAGAUCAAUGGUUUGGCAUCGCGGGGUCAGAUAUCCAGAAUACUUUGUUUUAUUAAUUCAAAGCAGCUUAAUGCCGUGCCCUCUGGACGUGAGGACACAUUCCAAAGUGCACUUAACCACUGAAAUGUCUCGUGUUUAGACCUUAAAUGCUUUACUCUGGCAUAAUGGCUCUCACCACAUGUGCGUGCGCAUCGUUCUGUUUUUAAUGACAUUGUGCUGGUCAUAGCACAUAAAAGGGCUACGGGGUUAACGACAUACACACACAAAUAAAUGCCUAAAUCAAACGUGAUUAUGUCACAAAGAUACCUGACAACGUGCUGAUAGGUUUACUUAAGAAUAUCCACUUUUUACUGUGUGUUUGGUUGAUUUGUACCACUAACAUGUUGUAAAUGCACUGCUGAAGUAAUAAAAUGUAGAUGUGUUUAAACAGGUGAACUUUGUUGUUCCUGACAUCAUUAAGAGACGGGAGUUGGAAACAGGCACUUUCUAGAAGUCCACAGGUGGAGAUGACUCAGAUGUGUGUGUGAGCAGUGGUAGAAUGUAACUAUUUACUACUAUGGCCUACUUUAAAUACAAAUGUUUACGCACUUGUACUUUACUUGGCUGUCUCCACAUCAUGCCACUUGAUAUUUCUACUCCACUACAUCUCAAAGGGAGUAAAUACAGUUUUUAAAAUAAAGUUUGAAUGCAGGACUUCUACUUGUAAUGCAAUAUUUUCACAAUGAGGUAUUAGUAUAUCUUACUUCAGUAAAUAAUCUGAAUACGCCACUUUGUGUGUUUAAGAACACACAUGAUCCCAAGGGCUGGCGCACGUGGGUGUGGACACUGUUUUUUGGGGCCUUGAUUGACAGCUCUGAAUAAUAAUAUAAAUGUUUCCACAUGUGAAGCGGAUGAAGAAAUGAUUGGAUGACAAAUCACAUGAUGUCCAGCACACACACACACACACACACACACACAUGGCCCACAGUCGAAGCACAAAAGACUGAGGCCGGUUUGACUCGGGUCAACAUGGUUUCACUUAUUCUCCAGGAAGGUAUUCAACUUUAUAUUCAUAAAAUAUAUACUGUAGGUUGGCAAGUGGAACCAAUUGUACACAUACACUACCGUUCAUAUGUUUGGGGUCACUUAGAAAUGUCUUUAUUUUUCAAAGAAAAUCACUGUUUUUUCAAUAAAGAUAACAUUAAUCAGAAAUACACACGAUACAUUGUUAAUGUGGUAAAUGACUAUUCUAGGUGGAAACGUCUGGUUUCUAAUGAAAUAUCUCCAUAGGUGUAUAGAGGCCCAUUUCCAUCAACUAUCACUCCAGUGUUCUAAUGGUACAUUGUGUUUGCUAAUCGCCUUAGAAGACUAAUGUCUGAUUAGAAAACCCUUGUGCAAUUAUGUUAGCACAGCUGAAAACAGUUAUGCUGGUGAUAUAAGCUAUACAACUGGCCUUCCUUUGAGCUUGAAGUUUGAAGAACAAAAUUAAUACUUCAAAUAUUAAUCAUUAUUUCUAACCUUGUCAAUGUCUUGACUAUAUUUUCUUUUCAAUUUUCAAUUCAUUUGAAAAAUAAAAGUGAGUUUUCAUGGAAGACACGAAAUUGUCUGGAUGACCCCAAACUUUUGAACGGUCGUGUAUGUAGCGGGGAUAGGCUGAGUUACAUAAAUGUGGUUAGUUUAAAUGGAUGGACGGAUAGAGAGAGAGAGACAGGAUGUGAACCAUGAAACUAACUAAUUCCGUCCUUCAAGGUCAUGAUUAUCUGUGCAUGCGUUGCUAUGAGCGACCCCUUUCACAUGAAGCCCGCUAUCAAAAUAAACAUGAAAUUGUGAUCCACUCUU